GGCGCGCGUUUUCUACAAAACAUAGAUUUGGAAGGGUAACAAAAUAAAAUUUCUUAGAAAUCAAAGUCAUAAAUGUCACAACACAUUACACUCACAUCGUUUAAAUAACUUUGGCACGUUGAAUUUGUAUUGACUGACUGACUGUAGGAACAUCAAAGGAUAUACCCUCUAAGCCCACGGUAUCAAAGACCCACUGUGUUUUAGUCAAUCAAAAACAGCUAUCGUUGACUACAUAAUCAGGCAGUUGACAUAUGCAAGUGUCAGUGUGAUAUGAUAUCCACUUUACUUGCACUAGACAUGUACAUAGUAUAUGUUAUCAUGGUGCAGUCAACAGCACAUCAAGUUACACAGCGUGUACCUCUAUGACGCGAGGGGGAAUCCACUUUUAAAGUUUAUAACCAGUGUUCCAUGGGAGUAUGAUGAUAUAAUUCCAGAUUAUGAAGUAGGAAAGACAAUAUGCAUACUAUUUCUAUCUUUGAGGUACCACAACCUGAAUCCAGAUUACAUCAACAAUAGAUUGAAAGAACUUGGGAAGAAGUAUGAACUCCGUGUUCUUUUAGUGCAGGUAGAUUUAAAAGAUCCUCACCUACCACUGAAGAAUCUAAACAGAAUAUGCCUUCUGACAGACAUGACUCUGAUGUUGGCUUGGAGUCCUGAAGAGGCAGCGAAAGUCAUAGAGAACUACAAAAUAUAUGAGAACAAACCACCUGAUAGGAUUAUGGAAAAAAUUGAGAAUGAUCCACAUCAAAAGAUAAUCAAUGCUCUUAGUUCAAUAAAGCCAGUGAACAAAACAGAUGCAAUGACUUUAAUAAAACAAUUUGGUACUUUAGAGAAUAUAAUAAAAGCAUCUGAAAGGAGACUGGCAGAAAUACCAGGCUUUGGAGCCACUAAAGCGAAAAAGCUAUACAAAGCUUUACAUGAGCCUUUCCUGAAACGGCCAAAUAUUAAAGAUGAAGAAUUUUCAGAAGACCUGAAUUUGGAAGAAGUGGAAUCAAUAGAGAAAGAAGUGACCCAAUAGUUUGUAAGUUAAAAUGGAUUUGUUACCGUUUUAAUAUUUUAAUAUUUGUUACCUAUUAUAUUAAAUUAUAUGAAUUAA